AUGGCUAAAUGUGCUGCUUUUGGAAAAGAUAGCUGCAGCGUAGAAGUGGUGCAGAAAGACUUUUUGGAAAGCAGUGGCAUCAUUGUGAAUGAACCUGAGGAGAUCCCUGUAGAUCCUUAUACUCAAGGACGUGUCCAACCACUGCAGUCCUACACUACUCCAUCAGAUUUUGAUAGACUCAAGCAGUUCUUGACAAUGGAUCGCAAGGUUCUACGUUUUUUUGCUCUCUGGGAAAACAGGGAUUCCCUUUAUUCAGAAACACGCCCUGUUCUGCUCCUCUACUAUCUCAUGGAUGACACAGUUGAAAUUCGUGAAAUGCAUGAGCCCAACAGUGGAAGGGACCCUUUCCCUCUGUUGCUCAGAAGACAGAGGGUAUUAAAAGAUUACAAGGAACUGACUGAUGCAUUUCCAUCUUGUGUGCUAGAGGUGUCCGAACAAGAGGUGAAAGAAUAUUACUCUCCGAAGGACUUCAAAGUUGGAGACACCAUCACCAUGAUGGGACGAAAAUUUUUAAUUUAUGAUUGUGAUCAGUACACAAAAAAUUACUAUCAGGAGCACUUAGGAGAGGUUCCAUUGAAGCCAGUUGAUGUCAGUGACAAAAAGACAGCUGACAUUCCUAAGGAAAUUCCUCCAUAUAAUGGAUUUGGGUCAUUGGAAGAUUCUCUGCAAAACUGCCUGUCCCUCGUUCCACAACCACCCAAGAAAGAUUUCAUUAAGAUACUAGAAAACGACCACAAAAUACUGAGAUAUGAAGCUAAGCUGGACUCCCCAAAUCCCGAAGACCAUGGAAGACGCUUCAUCCUGUCUUAUUACUUGUCCAAUGACAUGAUCAGCAUAUUUGAGCCACCAGUAAGAAACUCGGGGAUCAUUGGAGGGAAAUUUCUGGAGAAGACACGUAUUCCUAAACCAGAUGGAACUAUCGAUAACCCACAGUUCUAUGGACCGUCUGAUUUAGCAAUUGGAAGUACCAUAGAAGUAUUUGGCCAUCGGUUUAUACUGACCAAUGCAGAUGAGUAUGUACUGAAAUUCCUAGAAGCAAAUGCUGAAAAUAUUCCAUUGGGAACGUUGAAUUCAUUAAGACAGAUUGUGAAGGACAACCCCAUACAACUGAUGAACUCCAGGGAGUAGAUCUGGAUGGAAGCCUUCAUGACACACUGCAGAAGAAAGUAGUAUUGACCUCUGGAAUACCUUUGAUGCCUGAAAUAUCUUGAAAACACCAUAAAAGAAAACAUUUAGUACAAUUGUCACCUUGAUGAGGUCUGUAUAGCCAUAAAGAAUGAAACAAAGAAAUUGUGGGCAUUGGAAUAUAUAUUUGCGCUCCUGUCUGUAGUGGUGUCUUACCCUUUUUGUUACUCUCAUAACUUUGUUUUGCAUUCCUGCAUGUGUUUGCUAGGAAAGCUAAGUAUCUCUGCUAGGUCAGUGAUUACUUAGCAACUUGAUAUUUUUAAUAGAAAUACCCAAUUUUAAUUUCCCCUCUGCGAAAUCUGUAUGUAAAUAAUUAUUAACUCUAACAGGGGUCUGCACCUUACCUGGGGACGUAAGCAGCACUGAACUUUGCAUCAGUCAUGUAAUAAACUACAGAGUAUUGUUAAAUGAUGGGCGUUAAAGUCAUAAAUUACUUAUUAUUAUCGGAAACAGUAGCUGUAGUAUAUCCAUCAUCCAACCCACUAUAUUCUAACUACAGAGUCACAUGGGUCUGCUGAAGCCAAUCCCAGCCAACACAGGG